GCUGUCAGUUAACGCCGGGCAGAUGCAGUCAGAGCCCCCCCCCUCCCCCAGCGUCCUGCUGCUGGAAGCGUUUUACGGAGGAUCUCACAAACAGCUGAUUGACCUGCUGAAGGAGAACAUCGACGGCUGCUCGGUCUUCACUCUUCCCGCCAAGAAAUGGCACUGGAGGGCGAGAACCUCGGCUCUGUACUUCAGCCAGAACGUCCCCGCCUGUCCGUCAUACAGAGUCCUGUUCAGCAGCUCGGUCCUGAACCUGUGUGAGCUGGUGGCUCUCAGACCAGAUCUGGCCCGUCUGAAGAAGGUCCUGUACUUCCACGAGAACCAGCUGGUUUACCCGGUCCGCAAAGACCAGGACCGAGACUUCCAGUACGGAUACAACCAGAUCCUGUCAUGCCUGGUGUCAGAUGUGGUGGUCUUUAACUCUCUCUUCAACAUGGACUCCUUCCUGUCCUCCAUCUCCUCCUUCAUCAAGAAGAUCCCAGACCACAGGCCCUCAGGCCUGGACCAGCUGAUCCGUCCUAAGUGUGUGGUCCUCAACUACCCAGUCCAGUUCCCUGAUGUCAGCAGGCUGCUGCCCAAACCCAAACUGGUCCUGCAGCAGCAGAACAGACCUGAGGAACCUCAGACUCCACGGUGUGAGGAGCAUCAGCAGGAUCCACAUCAGUCCACAUCUGAACCCAGACCAGACCAGAACCCUGUUCCUGAGGAGGACUCUGAGGACCGGGUCAGACCUCUGCAUAUCGUCUGGCCUCACAGGUGGGAACAUGAUAAAAACCCGGAGCUGUUCUUCUCCACGCUGCUGAAACUGAAGGACAAACAUCUGCACUUCCACCUGUCGGUGCUUGGAGAAACCUUCACUGACGUACCAGAGAUCUUCUCGGAGGCGAGACGUCUGCUGGACUCUCACAUCCUGAACUGGGGCUUUCAGUCCAGUAAAGACGACUACCUCCGAGUCCUGUGUGAGGCCGACGUGGUCGUCUCCACCGCCAACCACGAGUUCUUCGGAGUCGCCAUGUUGGAGGCUGUUCACUGUGGCUGUUUUCCUCUGUGUCCCAAAGCUUUAGUUUAUCCUGAAAUAUUCCCAGCAGAGUACCUGUACUCCACGCCUGAGCAGCUGUGUAAACGGCUGCAGGGACUCUGCAGGAGGCCAGACGUCGCCCGCAGACACGUCGUCAAGGUCGACACCUCCUCCUUCUCCUGGACCCGUCUGAAGGAUCGUUUUAAGACUCUGCUGGCAGACUCAUGUCCCUGAACGCACUACGGACCAGGACACUGAGACUUGAGUUCACGAGCGUUGGAGGUUUGGAGGUUUGGAGUCGGUCUUCAUCAUGCCUGACUCGACGCCACGUCCCGCAAAAAGCGGCGGUGACGUCCAGGCCAAGCGUCUUGGGCACCUCUGAGCUCCGUCUGCCGAGCUGGAGACGCCAAGUCUGGACCUGUAAAUGUCCCCGUCGAGCAGAACUCUCUUUUAUGUGUGUGGUUUGGGGGGGGGGG